GGCAACAGAAAGAGGUGAGGUUCUGCUUUCUUACCCGAGAAUAUUUACACAAGCGGGAGGCAUACGUGUGCGCCUCUCGUAGACGAAACCUUCCCUUACUUCUUCUCCCUUCCUAUUUCAACCCUUGUCUAGAUGGAGAGCUCAAGCAGUAGCUAUAGCAGCAGCAACCGAGGACGGGCAGAAGAAGAAAUCGCUGGCAACGUAAAAGCUCUCCAAGCUCUUAGAGAACUCAUCAUCUUCCCUUUUCUUUACUCCCGCGAAGCCCAGAAGCUCGGUCUCAGAUGGCCUCGAGGUAUGCUGCUGUACGGUCCACCUGGAACAGGGAAGACAAGCUUGGUACGUGCAGUUGUUCGAGAAUGUGGUGCUCAUCUAAUUGUAAUCAGUCCACAUUCUGUUCAUAGGGCACAUGCUGGGGAAAGUGAGAGAAUUUUGCGGGAGGCUUUUUCUGAAGCAUUAUCCCAUGCAAAGUUAGGCAAGCCAUCAGUGAUUUUUAUAGAUGAAAUCGAUGCACUCUGUCCUCGCCGUGAUUCUAGGCGAGAGCAGGAUGUGCGCAUAGCUUCUCAGCUCUUUACAUUGAUGGACUCCAAUAACCCUUCAUUGGCAUCCAUACCACAGGUUGUUGUUGUUGCAUCCACAAACAGAAUUGAUUCAAUUGACCCAGCCUUAAGAAGGUCUGGUCGUUUUGAUGCUGAAAUUGAAGUUACUACACCAAAUGAAAAUGACCGUCUCCAAAUUCUUAAGCUUUACACAAAGAAGGUUCCUUUGGAUCCCGCAGUUGACUUAGAAGCUAUAGCUGCAUCUUGCAAUGGAUAUGUUGGGGCUGAUUUGGAAGCCUUAUGCCGUGAGGCUACUGUUUCUGCAGUUCGGAGGUCUUCAGGUUCAAAUGAAAGUGCUAGUUUGUUUAGCUUAACAAUGGAAGAUUGGAAACAUGCAAGGUCUGUGGUUGGCCCAAGUAUAACAAGAGGUGUUACUGUUGAAAUCCCUAAGGUGUCUUGGGAAGAUGUUGGAGGUUUAAGGGAUUUGAAGAAAAAGCUCCAACAAGCUGUUGAAUGGCCUAUCAAGUAUUCAGCUGUCUUUACAAGACUAGGGAUAUCACCUGUACGCGGAGUUCUUCUGCAUGGACCCCCAGGAUGCUCAAAAACCACUCUUGCCAAAGCUGCUGCCCAUGCUGCCCAAGCUUCUUUCUUUUCAUUGAGUGGUGCAGAACUAUAUUCAAUGUACGUUGGAGAAGGUGAAGCAUUAUUGCGCAAUACAUUUCAAAGAGCUCGACUUGCAGCUCCUAGCAUAAUAUUCUUUGAUGAGGCUGAUGUUGUUGCUGCCAAAAGAGGUGGGAGUUCAAGCCACAAUGUUACAGUCGGAGAGAGGCUUUUGUCUACGUUGCUGACUGAAAUGGAUGGCUUAGAAGAGGCAAAAGGAGUUCUCAUUUUAGCUGCUACAAAUCGUCCUCAUGCAAUAGAUGCUGCACUCAUGCGUCCUGGACGAUUUGAUAUGGUGCUUUAUGUACCGCCGCCUGACUUAGAAGCACGGUAUGAGAUACUUCGUGUGCAUACAAGGGCCAUGAAAUUAGGGAAGGAUGUAAAUCUCAGAAGAAUAGCAGAAGAUACUGAGCUCUUCACAGGAGCUGAACUGGAGGGCUUGUGUCGGGAGGCGGGCAUCGCAGCGCUGAGGGAGAACAUAACUGCAACAGCUGUAUGUGAUUGCCAUUUCGAGAAUGCGAGGGAGUCACUUAAACCAGCAUUAACAAAAGAGGAAAUCGAUUCACAUUCAUCAUUUAUGAAGAAGGCUCAAGCUUCAGCCACCAGGCAACUUGGAGUGAGUGCCAAACUUGACAAAGGCAGAAGGAAUUUGUUUGGUCUACCAUUUUUCGUUAAAGUUGGUAUUCUGAGCUUCAUGUUAGUAGCUGCUGCCCAGCAUUUCUUCAUGCAUAGAUAUCACAUUCAACCUCAUCUUGCAGUUACAUGAAAAUUGGGUGUAAGUCAGCUAGUUCCAUUAAUGAGCUAGGAUUAAAAUAGAAUACACAAUGUUUUUUUUUUUUUUUUUAUAAAAAAUAUUAUUAUAGCC